CCUCUGGAGAACUUCAGGACAUGUUGAGGAGGUAAUUUAGACAUUUACCAGCUGUGUUUUAGACUCAUCUAAAACCUGCAGGACGCCGGCUCUCGAGGCCUGGAGUUGGCCACCUCUGCCAUAGAGGGUUACCUAUACACUAUGUAGUUGGAUAAUCUAGUUGCAACCAGCAGCUAGCUUCAAGGAAUAAACACCAAGCAAAUGACCUGCAGUGUGGAUGCACGUUUAAACAAAAAAUAUAUAAAAAUAAUUUUUAAAAAAAACCCAUCAAGUAAAGCAAGGAAAUAUCAGGACGAUAUAUACAUUUUAAGUUAUUUUGUUUUCCCUCAAACACAGUUAUUUACCCAAGACUUUCUUUCUUCACUAUCUUAUUGAUGACAGCUGAUGAACUACUACAACUUUAGUCUUUCCAUUAUUGGAACCAACUCAAAAUGAGACUUUUAAAUCAUAGUUAAACACUUUUAGAGCCUCUUGGAGUGAGAAAAUAUAAGGUUAGUAGUCAGAUCCCAGGUCCCAGCUUCCAUAGAUAAUGACUGUUGCUUUUCAGCCCCCUCCACCCCCAGUAAUCACUAUAAUGCACAGUCAUCUCCUACACCAGAGAGGGCCACAGUACAUGUCUCUGCAUGAGAAUAUUGGCCCAAAGUUAUCUGCAAUUGCAAUCACAUUACACCAAGUUUAAACUAAGUUAUAAAAUUGCAAUGCUUAAACAGCAGUUUGCAAACUCUAAGGAACACAAGUUAUUUGUUGAGUUUGAAGUGUUUCGAAUAUAUUAUUGUUUAUUUCAAGUUCUGCAACAAUAUGUGUUUGUGUAGGCACAAAAUCUAAAGUAAAGCUUUAGCGCUGGCAGUUUUAGGCCAUAUUUGGCUUAUUGAUAAUAAAUAAAUAAGCACAGCAGAGCACCACAGAGAAAAUCUAUUCAUAAUUGGAUGAAAAUAUUCAGAAUCUUGGAUUUCAAAAAGGAUUUUCGAUUCCACCAAAACAUUUUGAUUUGAUUUUCAUUUCCCUCACAUAUUUAUCCGCACAGCACCUUUGACAGCUUAGGCAUCAGGACACUCAUUUCUUAAAUUAUUACCUUUUCCCAUUAUUUCCCCCCCAUGAGUAAUUAUCUUGGUUAUUUAACAGUUUUUAUCUGCUUUUAUCCCCAUCUGCUCUCUGCUCUGCUGUGAAAAGGUUAUGUCACCAAACUGUGCGCCCAACAGGAUUUAGCAACAUUUUAAUCUGAAUCUGACGACAGCUGGAUGGAUGUUGUUUUCUGCUGGCGGUCAUAAAUCUGAUCCAAACCACACCUUCGUAAUCCCAGCGCAGCAGAUCUUCCGGAGGUGUUGGCUGGUGUUCAAGAAAGCCUCGAGUAAAGGACCCCGGCGGUUAGAGAAGUACCCAGAUGAGAAGGCAGCCUACUUCAGGAGCUUCCACAAGAUCACUGAGCUCCAUAACAUCAAGAACAUUACCCGGAUGCCACGGGAGACAAAAAAGCAUGCUGUGGCGAUCAUCUUCUGUGACGACACGUCCAAGACAUUCGCCUGCGAAUCAGAGCUGGAUGCAGAGGAAUGGUGUAAGCUGCUGUGCAUGGAGUGCCUGGGCAGCCGUCUCAAUGACAUCAGCCUGGGAGAGCCAGACCUGUUAGCAGCGGGGGUGCAGCGGGAGCAGAACGAACGCUUCAACGUGUACCUAAUGCCCACGCCCAACCUGGACAUCUACGGGGAGUGCACCAUGCAGAUCACUCAUGAAAACAUCUAUCUGUGGGACAUUCACAACGCUCGCCUCAAACUCGUCAUGUGGCCCCUCAGCUCCUUGCGCAGAUACGGCAGAGACUCCACCUGGUUCACUUUCGAGUCCGGAAGGAUGUGUGACACAGGAGAGGGUUUGUUCACGUUCCAGACGCGGGAGGGGGAGAUGAUCUACCAGCGGGUCCACUCGGCCACGCUGGCCAUUGCCCAGCAGCAUGAGAGGAUGAUGGAGGAGAUGGAGAAGAGCUCCCAGAGCCACUCCAGAGAGACGCUAACUAAGUCCAUCUCCCUGCCACGCAGCGCCUACUGGCAGCACAUCACGCGUCAGACCAGCGUGGGGGAUCUGUACAGCUACCAAGGGAGUGGUGGAAAGGAAAGACUAGCAGACAGAGGAACGGGCCUGAUGAUGACUUUCAUCCCGAGAGCACAGACCUUCCCCAGCUUUCUGUCUGAUGAGCCUGAACAGGAGGAGAGCCAGCACCAGCGAGAGGCGCCGUCGCCCUCUAGUGGCUGUGAAUCUAGUUGCAGCCUGAGACCCCUUCAAUGACAGAGAAUUGCUCCAUCGACACUGGACUGAACACUUUACCCACUGCUUUAGAGAGGAUGUAGAAAUAUGUAUAGCGACAUGUGUAAUAUAUCAUUUUAUGGUGAUAACUUACAGACAGUAGUGUCAACUGUAGAGCGAUCGGUAUGCGAAAAAAUGAUCUCGAGGAGGAUUGUACUUAUUUUUUUGUGCGACGUGUGACAGCCGAAGUAGCUUCAAAGAUUGUAUCAAAAGGAAGAAAAAAAUCCUUUAACUGUCGUUUUCAAGUGUUUUAUGUUGUCAUUAUCCUUUUAAAGCCAGCAUGAUUCUCCCCAUCUCUGUUUUAAAGCACUACAUCAUACCUUACAAAACCUAAAAGCUACUAACACACCACAGCCCGCUGUAAACCAGUGUCAACUUUUAUUACAAAACUCCUGAAAUGCCAUCAGGCUCGCUCCAUUGAUGUGCAGCCUCAGCAACCAAUUCAUGAGAAAUUCCACCAGUUUUGACUCAAAAUACUCCCACACUCGCUGCUUUGACCUUUUUUUUUUCUUCUCAAGAAUGUGAAACUGAUCAAUGCCUUACACGAAAGACGCUCGAUGCUGACGCCAGUGAUGGAUCAGCUAAAGUCCUGAAUGAAUACAACUGGCAAAGGGAAAUAGUCAUUCAGAUAUGUGCUUGAAGGAUGUAGUAAUAGACCGUCAUGUCAGAAAUGAUCCAAUGUAACCUUCGCACAGCAUCUGCUUUAAAACUGCCAACCUUACCUUUUCACCAGAGCAAUUCGAUUUUAAUAGCCACCAAGCACGUCGUCGUCCGGUUCCUCUGAGGACUGGUUCAUUUGCAAAAAGGUGUAAAGAGAGCGACCUGAGGGAUUAAGCUACGCAGAGCAGAGGUGAUAUUGGCAUUUUGGGUCCAGGAUGUGCUCUGUGGCAAUUAAACAUCAUAACUACUUUUCAUUCAACUUAAUAACACAGUUUAAUUUUGGGGAAAAUAGAUUAAAAUCAGUGCAUUUCUUUGAGAACAUAUACUUUGAUAUAAAGUUACUCUACUGCCUGGCACUCCCAUUUCACAAGCUCAGAAAUCAAUCUUCCAACUUCAGUAUAUUUGUCCACUGAUAGGGGGGAAAAAAAAAAAGAAGCAUAAAAACACUUUACCUGAAGUGGUUAGUGCUGAUAAGCACCUACUCUAGUUUGCCUAAGGGUUACCUGAUACUAUGUUACAGAAUAAAUGGUAGCCAAGAAAAGACACAAUAUGCGGAACUCCAAAGCUUAUAAAAGUCUGUUUGAAGUUGAGACAACGUGAUACCAACAUUUUUAACCAAAACAAAGUUAGCUAAAAUAAUGAUAAAAACUAGACUUUUGAAAAGAAUUAAAAGUAGCUGAAAUGAUUUUGUGAACUCAUAGUUUUACUAUUUGUUAGUUCAGUAAAAGCUUUGAUGGAUAUGUUUAUUGAGACUUUGAAUGGCUACAUGAUGGUGAACAGCUGCCUUCAAAAAAAUGGGGUUUUGUUAUACCUAUGUCGAUUUUUCUUACAUCUUGCCUUUCACAUAUUCCCGACACACACUGGUAAUUAAAAAGACUAAAGGUCAAAGCGAAACAAAUGUACCCUAAACUACAGUGAAACAUUCUCCGACAAUAAAAACUGAACUGAAACAAGCAAACCCACUCUUAGCUCUAUGAAGGAAACUGAUUUUGUGUAUCAGCACAUUAUUUCUUUUUUCAUGGGUUUUUUUUUUUGGUACAGAGGAAAUGAAACAAUGUAACAAGUUUGAAACAGUGAGGCUAAUGUUUUUUGUUUCCAGGCUUUGUGAUUGGCUGAUGGCUUUGGAAACAGAUCUACUCUUUUAAAGAAGACAAAAACAAAAAAACGCCCACGCAGUUUCAAACCCAGCAGCCUAACAACUAACUACCCCUGCUAGUUCCCUGCAGCCCCCUUUUUCCAUCCGCUUCCAUUCCUCUCUGUAGCAUGACGGAAACACUGCUGUGAUUAUGGUUUCUGCAUCAUCCUCCUUGAGUAAGAAGUGCCUUCCGACACACAGACCGUGGAUUGUGAGAUCUAACCAAAGCAACGUCUUUGGGUUUUGAGUUUACCAUCGCUGACCGGAAAGUUUACUUGGAAUCUUCAAAACCGCUUUGCCACAUUUCCUUUUUUCCCGGCUGUGAAAUGCCAUGUAACAGCAUCAAUACCGAGUAUAACCUGUUAGCCGUGGGUGGCAAUCACUAGACCCGAAUUCAUCUCUAAAUAUUUGUGGUGGUGUUUUUCAUGCAUCAAAAUUAUGACUUUUUUUUUCUUGUUCAUUCUCCAAUACUGAAAUUACAGCAUUUUGUGGGUUAAUCACAAAAGUUUCCAAUGACAAUCAGUUUUAGGCAACAUGGGAGUCUCUCAGUGUCAAAUGUAAUCAUUUUUAAAGGUGGGUUCUGUUUUUGUUGUUUGUUUUUUGGCACUGAUGCUCUUUUGUCUUGGUUUUACAUUUGAACAGUUUCUAAAGUACAAGCGCUUAUUUUGUGUUUCGCUGUCGUCACUUUAUUUUGUGCAAAAUAUUAUAUUAAAAAAAGAAAAACCGCAAUCAUGUAAUUAAUUUUAUUAAUUUAAGCCACAGAUGAUUGUUAGCCUGCAUCACAGAGUCCACUGAUACAGUUGCUGGCCACAUUUAACUAAGCUGUUGUAUAACUGAGUUGAGUCUUAGCUCCAGUAUAGUAGUUCCAUUGCACUGGCAGCUGUACUGAGAGGACUGGAGAAACUUCUAGUUGAUUGUGUUUGUCAUUUGCCGUUUUAUUUUCGUUCACUGUAGCUAUUCACUUGUUUGUAGAAGUGUCAUGAAAAGUUGUUAUCAUUACUAUAUGAUUGUGUUUGUGUCUGUCAUGUUUUGUUCUCAUAGAUUAUAAUAGCACUUUUAAUACAUGAGUGUAGGCCUACAGUUUUCACUAAAUGUACAUAUGUAAUGUUUUUGAUGAUUAAAAAAAAAAAGGUAAUAAAUUCAAUGUUCUGCCAUG